AUGGCAAAAUAUGGAUACAGAAAGAUCGCAGAAGAUGGCAAUUCGAAAAAAGCCAGCCUUUUUUCUCUUCUCUUCUUUCGAUGGAUGAAUAGUGUCUUGAGGACGGGUAAUGAACGAAGUCUGGAAGAACAAGAUUUCUUUCCGCUUGCCAAAGAAAGUACCUCUCACUAUCUGACAAAACGCCUCAAGAAAAAAUGGAACGAUGAAAAAGCAAGAUGUAAUAAAUACAAAAGCAAGAAACCUAAGCUUUGGAAAAGCCUACUGAAGUCCAUACCCCUUUACGAUCUGAUGUUGAUUAUUUCUACCAGCGCUCUAUAUUCUCUGACACGCCUUCUUCAACCACUUCUUCUCGGUUGCCUGACAAAAGCUCUGAUGUCAGAGGAACGGCAGAAUAAUUACCUAGGCUAUGGUUAUGCGUUAGGCAUGGGCGCCAAUGCUUUACUCGGUUGCAUCGCCUUACAUCAGUACGGCUGGCGAUGUGAAAGGCUUUCUAUCAGAAUCAGUAGCGCCCUAAAAGGAUUAGUUUAUCUCAAGGUGAGCAAGGAUAAAGCUCGCUGCAUGAGCAAUCAUAGCCUAUAAACUAGCCUGAGUAUCAGGCGAUUAUGGGGGCAAAAGGAUAAGAAAGAAUGGAAAAGCGGGUGACAGUGAAUUACGGGGAUGAAAUAACUUGAGAGAAUCAUAAACGUAAAAUUUAUAAAGAUUUUUCAGAGCUUUUUGGCAAGUCUAUAAAAACUAUCCUAUCCUGAUAAAACUCAGUCAUUUCGCACUUUAUUUAGCAAGUAAAAUUUACAGACUUUUCAUAACCAUAAUUGAUACACAUCCAUAAAAAAAACUUUAUGAAAUACCUGCAAACAUGAUUUUACAGACAUUUUGUUUUCCCUUUGAGAAAUAGGGGAAGAUUUGCUCUCUCGUUAAUAGUCUAUAAAAUUUACAAUUUAUAGACAUUUUAUUAUCCCUGUAAAAGGUCCAGUUUUUCCAGUGGAACGGAGAGAAAAUUAUUUUCGUUCUUCACCCUUUUCCCUUCCAAUUCAAAAUUUCAUCUCCGCUAGCCCAGCUUGAUACUCCCUUGUAAAACACUAGAUAUGCGCGGUUUCAAAGGAUUUUAGCUGGCCUCUUUUGUCACGAAAUUGUAAAUAGUUUUUUUUAUAGUUUGUUCUCAAUAGCAUAAGUUAAAAUUUUUAAAUUGCUAUUUGCUUGCCUUUUGUUUUGUUAUUACGGUAAACUCACGGAAAAAAGAAAGAACUAUCAAAAAUUUUAUUUACCUGAAGUUAUUCUGUAUUAGAAGAGGUACAAUUUAACUUGAAAAUUGAUUGCCUUCAACUCUUGAUUCAGUUACAUCCUGGUGUUUAUAUGUAUAAAAUACGUCCCUUCAAGCAAUUAGUACGUUUUGUCGUAUUAUGCUGAAAUAUCUGUUGAAUCAGUACCAAAUAUUUAUAUUCUUCGCAUUUUAGAUCCUCCGACUAAGCAAGGAUGCAUUGUCAAAAUUUUCAGCAGGUCAAGUGAUCAACCUGGUAUCGAACGAUGUCCAGCGACUGGAGUGGGAUACUGUGAGAAACUUUUUCUUUGGGGUUAUUUCUUUUCUUGAGCUCCUCGCAGGAACAUUUUUGCUCGUCUAUUUAAUCGGUUGGCAGACUUUGAUGGGAGUAAUAUUCAUUUUCCUCCUCCUGCCAUAUUUCGGCAGCCUGUCCUUCGCCAGUGCGUCUCUGCGUCUACGUUCAGCAGAGGCAUCUGACAAACGCAUCUCGUUAAUAAACCAAGUUAUCGCUGGAAUCCGCGCCAUCAAAAUUAAUGCCUGGGAAGAUGUGUUCAGAGAAAAAAUAAAGGAUACGCGAAGGUAGGAAAACCAAUCAUAGGAAGUUGUGAUCUCAGUUAAAAGAAUGAAAUUCAGGUGUAUUAAUUAUUUAAGACAAGAAAUUUCAUCGCCGUGUUUUCACAAGGAAAGCAGUGUUCGUAUUUAAGAUAACUACCAACGCCGUAAUCUGCAUCUAUAUACUCAGUUAGCUCCUUAGUGAUGCUACCAAAAUACUAUAUUGCAUUCCAGCCAUUUAGAGAAGACCUUUAUACGACGCCACGUCGCUAAAUUAAACUUAAGGUUCGAAGGCGAUCGUGCAAAUAAAGUAAAAGAAACCAAGGAAACGAGGCAGCACAGCUCCGCAGGACUACUUUAUAUGGUCUAACUAAACUAGUAAUGAAUUUACAAUAAUUGUCACGAAUAUAGCACUAUAAUGUACACUCGAACUCCCAUGUGCCACCACCUCCCUUAAGCGACGGCCAAUCCAAAACAACUAAACUUCCCCAGUCAAAGUCUUACAGUUGGAACCUCUAGCAAACGACCGUAAGCGACCGCGACCACUUUUUGGGCCUGAAAGUGAAAUGAUUUUUCAUAGCUUUUAACCUCUAGUAAGCAACCACUUACGCAUUCUCUGAUUUUUAUGUUCGCUGUGUGCACUAUGCUACUCAGAAUAUAACUCUUUGAAAAAAUUACUGUGCACGAAUAUAGAAAAAACAUGUCAACUUAAAAACUAUAAUACUCCACAGUUGUUAAUAUAGAUGCUAUAGGUUGGUGAAGUUGGUGUAGUGGAUGGAGUUUGCUGUAGUUGGCCUUAGUUGCUGUUAUCCCCGGCCCUAUCUGACUCAUCGCUUUUUGUUGUUGUUGUUUUUUUUUUAAAGACAAGAAGUCAACAUAAUCCGUAAAAAAAGUGCUGUUCUAUCCGGUGUGGCCGCUAUAGAGUACACUUCUACACUUAUGGCGUCUCUAGUAUCUGUCUUGACUCUUGUGUUGACUGGGCAGCCCCUUACACCUAUUAACGUCUUCCUUCUACUGUCGUUAAUUGGUGUACUUCGGAGGACAGUUUGCGUUUUCUUGGCCUACGGAUCAAUGGAUACAUACGACGCUUAUGUCUCGCUCGGGAGGUUAGAGGACUUUCUUCUUUUAGAGGAACUUCCUGAAAUCUGCAAUUACAAAGACGACGUCGACAGUGAAGAUGAUGAUGAUGAUGAUGGUGGUGGUGGUGGUGGUGGUGUUGUCACAGAAGAUAGUGUAAACCACUCUUAUUUGAAGGCAACUGGUAAAAUUAACGGUCUGGAGAAAAGGCAAAACAUCUCCGUUCCGGAGAAGGCGGAGCACCUGGAGAGACAGCAACCUUAUAAAGAGGGAACGAAUUUAUGUGUAACGGGAUUAGCAGUGAAACAAGUUAACCUUGAAGAAAAAUUCAUUCUACAAGACUUCGAUUUAAGAGCUGAAAAAGGUACUCUGACAGUUAUCACCGGGCAAGUAGGAAGUGGGAAAUCGACUCUUUUAUCAGCAAUCGCUGGUGAGGGUUCACACACAAACGGGACAGUUACUUAUCCGGGUAGUCUCGUUUAUGUGCCUCAAACAGCUUGGGUAUUUUCAGGAACUAUAAGAGAGAACAUUUUGUUUGGUGAAGCGUACGAUGAGUCUAAGUACACCAGAGUAACUGAAGCCUGCGCUCUUAUCAGUGACAUUCAGCAUUUUCCGGCUGGUGACCAAACAGUCGUUGGAGAACGUGGUGAGGUCCUGAGAGGCGGUCAGCGGGCGAGGGUAAGUUUAGCACGCGCGGUGUACGCCGAUGCUGAACUUUACUUGCUAGAUGACCCCUUGAGUGCCUUGGAUUUCAAAGUCUGUCGGCAUGUAUUUGAAAAGUGUAUCAAGGGCUUACUGGGUCAGAAAAUCCGGCUUCUCUGUUCUCACCAAGAACAGCACAUGGAAGAUGCUGAUAACGUCGUUGUCAUGAACAAAGGCCGAGUGUUGGGAACCGGAACUUUGAAACAGCUUAAAGGAGAGGGGAUCCUGAAUAACAUGACAGGCCUAUGCCAUAACAAACUCGACAAGGAUCGAUUAGACGACAGUUUGGAUUGGGAUAAUGAAGAAAAUGACACAUUGAUUGAAGGCAAGGAAAACGACAAACAUAAGGGCCUAAAGAUAUCCGACGAAGAACGCGAAAUCGGAGUUGUGUCAUGGGCACUUUACUUGAGCUACUUCAAGAGUGGAGUACCCUCUCCUGUGAUCAUUGCUGUAAUCUGUUUUUGUUUUAUCUCGCAAGGUAACCAACGUAUAAUGUAAGAUUUGUUUUAGCACUUCGCAUAUAAAUUUGGUGCUGUUUCACCCGGUAGGACCUAAUUUGGUACAAAUUGUGCUAAGAUAGCUCCACGAGUGUGCGGUCGAAAGGUCAAAACAGAUUUUAGGCACUAAAAACUAACGCUAAUACUCUGACGGAUAUCUAAGUUUUAACAGAUGGCUUUUUUUUCUCGUAUAGCUGGGGAUUCAUGCACUCAUUCUUGAACUUUAGCCGAUGUAAGUUAGGUACCCGGCCUACCUAAAGAUCACACUGGGAACACGAUGCCAACAAGGGUAAACAUGAUACCCUUAAAGAUCGAGACCCUCAAAACCUAUGCCGGGGGAGACUCCGCAUAUGAAAGGGGUGGGGAUGCUCGUCGGGAAUUUUGAAUUAAACCCCUAAAGGAGACCGAUCUGGGCGUGGCCCAGGGUUUUUUUAACCCUAAAAGAGAUCUUGUUGAAACGCAGUCAAUAUAUAUAUUUUCAUAUUUUUCGCGUGCGACCCUAAACGAGAUUUUCACGGCUAAAUAUGAUGGCGUUUUGCCCAGAACACCCUAAGUGAGACCAAAAUCCGAAAUUUACACCCCUAAGCGAGGCGACGAGCAUCCCCACCCCUUUCAUAUGCGCAGUUACCCCCCCGGGAAACCUAUGCCCUGAUGGGUGGCGUCGAUAUAUGGGAGUAUCGUCCUCUCUUGACUCAGGCUAUUGAUCAGAUGGAGAAAAUGAUGGUAUAGGCCGUCUUUUUGGUUACGGUUAUUCAUCGUUUCUUAUACUGCUGUUUUUCUUCGUUCUUAGCAAUUAGAGCUUCUCCAGAUGUAUGGCUUGCGUUGCUCACAAAGAAACAGCCAGCAGAUCAGAGGGACAAGAUGAACCUCAUUAUAUAUGGUUGUCUCGUGGGUGGAGCCUUUGUAUUUGUAGUCAUACGUGCAUACGGAUUUCUCCUGGUUUCUCUAAGAUGUUCCCAGCGCCUUCAUGAUAAAAUGGUCCUGGCUGUUCUACAAGCGCCAGUCCUGUUCUUUGACACAAAUCCCGUGGGAAGAGUUAUGAACAGGUUCUCCAAAGACAUAAGCUGUCUUGACGAACUAUUACCCAAAGCGUUUCUGAUGUCAAUGCAGUUGGUUCUCCUGUUGUUAUUCGGAGUUCUUAUUCCGAUUAUCACCAAUCCCUGGCUACUAACUGUUAUCGCUCCAUUAACUUUGCUCGUUUUGUACAUUUCGAGGUAUUACCUAAAGACGUCACGUGAUCUCAAACGAUUAGAGUCGAGUUGUCGAAGCCCUGUCUUUUCACACAUCUCGGAGACUUUAAACGGACUGGACACGAUUCGGACGAGAGGAAAAGGAAGCGAUUUUGUGGACCAGUUUUUCAGGUAAAAAUCAGUGUAACUCCACUGUUAUGUAAUUGAAAAAGAGAGUGAAGACCUUGUUACUUGCUGCGCUUAACUGAAGAGCUGCUUUUAGAUUAUUUGGAAGUGCGAAAGAGAUCGAGAACACAAAACGAAUCGCUCGAUUUGCCAUAGAAGAGAGAGGAAUUGCUUAUAGCCGGGGAGCAACCAAUCCCACAGAAAUUGUCUUCUUUACGGACAUUCUCUGGUAUAACCCAAGUUGGCCAUACAACGGUCAAACUUUAUUUCUUUGAACAAGUCGAGGAACCCGUUUCCAGGAUUUUCCUCCCUAGUUAAGGCCGAUUUAGACGGUACGACUUCGACUUACGACUAUCGUGCGUGACUUAGCAUACGUCAUGACUUUCGACUAUCCACACGCGCACAAUUUCCACUUACGACAUCCACGCGUGUCGUACGAAUGUCGUGGGUCUAAUUUACACGACAAGAUCCGUCCGGAAGUCAUGACGCACUCUAGUCGCACACGAUAGUAGUAGGCAAAAAUCUUACCGUCUAAAUCGGCCCAAAGAGUACGAGAAAAAGGCUUGGGACGACGUUGGAUCUUAAUCCGACAUUUAGCGCAAACCGUAAAAAUACCUGGUGGCAAGUAAAUGGCCUCAUUACUAGACAGAGAGUUCAAAUCAUGCGAAACUGACUGCCACCCAAAGAGAGGUGGUCAGUUAAAAUUGCACUUUUAGAAACCACUAAAACUGACUGCAUUUUGAUAUUGAAUUGAUUUAUUGCAGAUUUCAGGAUAUUCACACCCAGUCAUUCAUGGUGGUGAUGGCAAGUGGGAGAUGGCUGGGUGUACGCUUGGAUCUAAUUGCCUCCUUUAUGACUACAGCAGUGGCUCUUUCUGCAGUUUUGGUAUCCCAAGAUGCUGGUAGGUACUGCGCUAACAACACUAACUACACCAACAAUUACACCAAACUACAACAAACUACAGUGGAAUCCCGUCAGUAAUACGGUCACCAAUGGGCCAAAAGAAUUUGGCCGUAAUAACGAGGUGGCCGUAUUAAUGAGGGUUUCUUUACAAGAAAAUGUAUGGUCGGUUUGCCGGGCGGCCAAAAAAAGUGGCCGUUUUAACGAGGUGACCGUAUUACCGAGGUGGCGGUAAGGCGGGGCGGGGGUUCCACUGUACACCGAACUAAAACAAGAGGGCCCCAUUAUCGAUUAAAUUAUUUUUCUUCUUCCAAUUAGCUUCUGCUGGUCUCUCUAUGGUUUAUAUCAUUCAAACCGUGGCUCAGACACAACUAGCGGUCAGAAAGACUUCAGAUGUGGAGAAUUUUAUGACGUCAGUUGAACGAGUUAUGGCUUACACCAGAAUUGACCCUGAACCUGGAUACAAGGUCGCCAAGCUUCCCCCGGAACAGUGGCCUAAUAAAGGCAAAAUCACUUUCCGAGAUGUAUCUCUAACCUAUUAUCCGGGGGGUCCCCAAGCCCUCAAGGAUAUCAAUAUUGAUAUCGAAGGAGGUGAAAAGGUGGGCGUCGCCGGGCGGACGGGUGCUGGGAAGUCCUCAUUUGUGACAGCUCUUCUGCGCAUGCCAGAUCCUGCAGGGGAUAUCAUCAUUGAUGGAGUUCCAGUUAAGGCGAUCAACCUCCAAGGGGCUCGAAGGGCUUUAUCAGUUUUAGGGCAAAGUCCUGUUCUCUUUAGUGGAUCCAUUAGGAAAAACCUUGACCCGAUGGAGCAGUACCAAGACGCCGAUUUAUGGAGGGUAUUAGAACAAGUUCAGCUUAAAGAUUUCGUGAAGAGUCGUGAAGGACAGUUGAAUUACAAUUUUCUGGAGCAUGGUGCAAAUAUCAGCGUAGGGGAACGGCAAUUAAUCUGCUUAGCGCGCGUCCUGUUGCAGCAGAACAAAAUUGUCGUCCUUGAUGAGCCAACUGCUCACGUGGAUCCGGACACAGAACAAACGAUCUGGAACGUUGUACGGGAAAAACUUCAGGACCUUACAGUCAUUACCAUUGCUCACCGUUUGAACACGAUUAAAGACAGCGACAAAAACAUUAUAUUCAAAAAGGGGAUGGCUUAUGUAGCUUAG